UUCCUCCUCCAGGAGCUCCGUCCCUGUUUUUGCGUGGUGCCGGCCUCCAUGUUGUUCCGUCAGAUCCAGCUAACAAGUCCUCCUGCCCGGAAAACUCACGUUGCAACUCUUGUGUGUGUGUGUGUGCGCAAAGUGUUUGACCCUCUCGCGAAGCAACAUGGCAGACUACCGGGACGACACGGGAGUGCGGGCCCUGCUCGCCCUGCAGUCGGCGCCGUGCAGCCCGGUGCGGGUGGCGGCGAGCGGCUCGCACGGCUUCUUCGCCCCGCAGCCCUCGCUCGCCUUCCCGGAGGAACGCGACGCCGGCGGGAUGCGCCCCGGCGUCCGACUGGCGUCGCCGCUCCCGCAGGCCCUGGCCAGGCUGGAGGGCCGGGACUUUGAGUUUGUCAUGCGCCAGCGGACGGUGACCGUCGGGCGGAACUCGUCCCACGGGCCGGUGGACAUCAACAUGGGCCACUCGAGCUUCAUCUCCCGGCGGCACCUGCAGGUCAGCCACGACGAGGCGGGCGGCUUCUCGCUGCGGUGCCUGGGCAAGAACGGCGUCUUCGUGGACGGCGUGUUCCAGCGGAGAGGGGCGCCGCCGCUGCCGCUGCCCCGAGAGUGCGUGUUCCGUUUCCCCAGCACGGUCAUCAAGAUCCAGUUCGUCUCGCUCCUCGCCGUCGAGGAGCGGCGGGAAAAGGAAGCGCCCUCUCCGCCCGUGCGCCCCCUCCUGCCGCACAUCUCCCCCCUCAAGAUCAGCAUUCCCACCAUGCAGCAGCAUGAGGAGCACAUCAGGGCGUUCGGGUCGCCGUUGCCGUCGCCCACAGGAACCAUCAGUGUUCCCAACUCCUGCCCGGCGAGUCCAAGAGGUGCGGGGUCGUCGGGAUACCGCUACGGCCGCAACGUGACCCCUGACCUCCAGCUAGCAGCCGAGUACGCCGUCAAGGCCAUAAGCGAGCACAGACGGGGCCCCACUGAUCAAAAGGGCGGAGCCGGCGAGUCGCGAGGGGAGUCAGCCGGUGGCGGCGACAGCCCCAAGGAUGAGUCCAAACCGCCGUAUUCCUACGCUCAGCUGAUCGUCCAGGCCAUCUCCUCGGCGCCGGACAAGCAGCUGACAUUGAGCGGCAUCUACGCUCACAUCACCAAACACUACCCCUACUACCGCACGGCCGACAAGGGCUGGCAGAACUCCAUCCGACACAACCUGUCCCUGAACCGCUACUUCCUGAAGGUGGCGCGCUCCCAGGACGAGCCCGGCAAAGGCAGCUUUUGGCGUGUGGACUCGGCCUCCGAGAUCAAGCUGGUGGAGCAGGCCUUCAGGAAGCGGCGGCAACGGGGGGUCGCGUGCUUCCGGACCCCCUUCGGACCGCUCUCGUCCAGGAGCGCCCCCGCCUCUCCAACUCACCAGGGACUACUUUCCCCUCCUUCCAGUGGGUUGCAGACCCCCGAAUGUUUGAGCAGAGAAGGGUCGCCCAUCCCGCCCGACCACCACGAGCAGCUGGCCCACAAGCUGGCGUCGGUGCCCGAGUACCGCUACACUCAGAGCGCACCGGGUUCUCCAGUCAGCGUUCAGCCCGUCAUCAUGGCGGCGCCUUCCCACCCGACCGUAGUCCUGCCUUCCGGCUUGGGCAAAGCCCUCGCCCUCGUUCCAGGCGGCGGACAAGUCCAGCCGGUCCACUUUCUCCAGAACCCGCCUCAGUCCUCCGUCACCAUGCUGCGUGUGGUCACCAGCGCCCCGCCCAACGGGUACGGCACCCCUUCUGUCGGCACCACGGCGCCAGGGAUGCAGAGGAUGGAACACAGCGAGCUGAGAGAGGCGCAGCUCAACCGGGAGCUGGUGAUCCAGACGGUGGACAGCGCCGUGCACGGGGCUGACGAACGCAACAAGGCGCUGGGUCUGCAUCAACUUCCUGUCCGCGCUGUUACCCAGAAUGGAAAGCACACAAAUGCUGCCGUCGCCAUGGCAACCAGCCCUGCUUAUAACGCAGGUCUGAGCAGUCCUCUUCAGAUCUUGGCAGCCCAGGCCUCCAGCUCCCCUCCUGUCGCGGUAAACCGACAGCCUGGCGCAGAAAUCAUCGGAGAGUCUCAGGCCAAGCGGCCCAGGAUGGAGGACGAGGGCGGGACUAACGAGCACAAAAUCCCACCCUCUCAGCACCCUGUCAUCGUUACCAUGGCGUCGCAAAGCCACGACCUCAGGAAGUGAAACCUUGCCAUCGCCGGACUAAAACACCUGAAGGGAAUCUCAUCUAGAAGAUUCUCGUUGUUUUUUAAAAUUCAAGCAAAAUUUCUGCAGCUUCACGGACUUUUAACACUACUUGUGAAACGGGAACACGCCGACUGCAUCCUGUGUAUGGCUCUCGGGUCCAAAGUGUGAACUUUACGAGUACUUUCUCAUGCUGGCGCAGAAUUAACUGCCGGAUGAAGGAUUUUUGUCAUCAAAGGCUUCCUGAGGCAAGUGGGCGGGGUCAGAGUUGCUAACCUGAACGUAGACAAAAUGAUUGUUUUAAUUUAGAGAGUGAAAUAAGCGACGUGUGCACAGUUUUGUACGUCUCGGCACAGAAAUCGCGACAAAAGCCUUAAAAAUAUUUUUUAUUUUAACCUUUCAAGCUUUUAGAAUGCUAAAGUACGCGCUUCUGCCGCGCGACAGAGACGAAGGAAGUCGUCCUUUCGCUCCCUCUGGCAUGUCGCUAAUGUUAGUUGCUCACCGGGCUAUUUAGAAGCUAUUUUUUCUUACAUUUGGAAGAAAUAUUUUGUGUAAAAAACAAAAGAUUAAAAAAAUCUGUCAUUAAUACAUUAUUUCUAGAAGGUUUUUUUUUGUUUUGUUUGUUUUUUUAAUUGUCCCGUGGUUGUGAUGAAGAAGAAUGUUGUAGCACAAAUUAAACCCACGUUGACUGAAA